CCAUACACACACCCCUCCCUCCCCGGCGGGCGGGUGGCGCCGGGGAUGCUCGUGGCGGGAGCGGCCGCGGGAGCACGAGGACCGGGACCAGGACCAGGCGCCGGUUUCCAGGUGACCGUUUGAAGCAAAAUGGCGUCCGGCGACCUGGUGGCCACCGAGGCCUGGAUCAGGGACAGAGCUCAGCUGGGCAGCUACAGGGCAGAUGAAGUGGAGUCUCUCUCGCUUCAGGGAACCUACAGCGACAAGAUUGUAUCUCUUGGGGAUGCUUUUCAGAACUUCAAAAGACUUAAGUGCCUCGACCUGUCAAGGAAUUCUAUUGAUAGCCUGGGGGGUCUAGAGUAUUUACCUUCAUUGGAAAAGCUAAACAUGUACUACAAUAAUGUAGCAUCUUCAAAAGAAAUUUCCCGCUUGUGCUAUCUGACUAAUUUGAGAGAACUAGAUUUGCGGCUAAAUCCAGUGACCAGGAAUGAGGACAACUUCAGGCUGUUUGUCGUGCACAUGCUGCCAAACUUGCAGAGGCUGGAUGACAGGCUUGUCAGGGAGAGUGAGCGAAAGGCUGCCCACCAACACUUCAGUUCACAGGAGCAAAAGCAGGCACCAGAGUCAGACAGAGAAGAUGAGAGGAUCCAUUUCACCGAUCACGCAAAGAAGAACUAUCUAUUUGACAAGGAUGAGCAGGAGUCGCGAUGCACAUCAAUGAAAUAUAAAUGGAAUGCAGUAUCCGAUUUUAACACUGACUUGAAGGAAAGGCGCUCCACUCAUGACUUCCAGCUGACCAGUGAACCUCCAGAUUCUGUGUACAGUCAUACGCCAUUAUCAUCUGUUUAUUCUGUCAGGGACAUGAAGGAGGUUAAAGACAAUUAUAGCCAAGGAAAGCCAAGCACCGACACUCUGGAAACGGAGAAUUCAAGAAAUGGGCAAUAUUUCAGUUACCUAAAUGAUGAAGACUAUAAAACGUAUCAAUCGCCAACCCGCUCCUCAUUACGUUCCACUGGGAAAACUAUUUCCAGACAAUCGAGGGAAGGAUAUAGAGUAACCUUCGCAGAUAGAAAAUUCCUGGAUACAGAUGAGAAAACUGUGAACUUAGAAAGUCAGUGUAAUUCAGCAAAUCAGUAUAGCCAUCCUUUGCAAAGUCAGUAUAGCCACCCUUCCCCAAGUAAGUAUAAUCCCCCUUCACCAGGCUACAGUAAGAAGGAAAGCUUGCUUCAGACCAGAGAGAGAAACAUGAAGGACUACCACGAUUCUUAUCAAUUUGAUACUCCUGUAAAGAAAGAUUCUAAUACAAGUAUUGACAGAAGCAGUAUAUUAUCACAUGAUUAUCACAAACCUUGUACAGAAGCAAAGACCUAUCAGUCCAAUUUGGAGCCUCAGAAUAUGUAUCCAAAUCUUCAGGGAGACAAAGCAGCCAUUGAGACAAACAGUGACCGAUUAUAUAAAUGGAAUUCAGACUUCAAAGCUGGCAGCACUUACGGAAGUAGAAAGAUCACCACUGCUGAUGAGGUGACCAGCACUCAGAGAGCACGAUCAGCUACCAGUGGUUUGACACCACAUCACAGAACUUCAUCCUCGGAUUCGUUACUCGAUCGACCAUCUUUAGCGUCUCCCAGCAGCUCCUUUACUUCUAUCUAUUCCAAUAGUUCAAAGAGAGCCUUUGCAGAACAUGUAAGCCCAGAACUGGCACCCAGCAAGUCCACAGCCCCUAUUACAGACAGACAGUCGCACCUUAUCAAAGGAAAUGUUGAACCUUUUGAAUAUAAAGGAGAACUGAAGAAAUCAAGCAGUCAGUGCUCACUGUUGUUUACAAAGCCAAAUUACGAACGAAAGACGACUCUGUGUAAAUUCCUGGAAGCAGCUGAAUGUGGGGACUAUCGAUCCUCAUCACCACCCUUGUCCAGCUCUAGUAUCUCUCCAAAUGUUUCCUCUGUCUUGAAGCGGCUUAUUGAUCUGAUAGACAGACACUGGAAUGGUUCAAGGUCCCUUCAACUGAAUCAAAGGUUUCUCAUUCCAGCUCAUGAGCUGCUGUCGAGCCUGGUUGGCUCAGUCUGCUUAGAUUCUCACAAUUCCAAAAUUCAAAGCUUGGAAAAAAAGGUAAAAGUGUUAACUGAAGAAAACAAAUCUUUGCUAACCCGAAUGGGCACUGGACUGGACACCGCAGAGCUGUAUCGACUAAAGCAUCAAAUCAGUCAGAAACAAGAUGAUAUUGACUCUUUAAAAGGAAGAUUAGCAAAAAUAUUGGAUGAAAACAAUAAACUGCGUUCUCAGUUAACCAGUUUGGAACUGGUUACCUGUGCUGGAAAUCAGCAACAAAACAAGGAGUUGCAGAGAGAGAAUGAGAAACUAAAUUUAGAAGUGGAAUACCUGAAUCAGCAAAUUAAACAAUAUAGUAAACUACAAGAAACAGUCAGUAUGUUACAGGAGAGUCACAGGUAAUAUGACAUGAUGAUCAAAGUUUCCUGGCCAUGUCAAGUUACAGCAAAUCAUUGUUGUAUGAAUUUAAUAAAAGAAUGGAAAUUGUGUACGUAAUAUUUG